CCUCCCCGCUCCGCCCUCUCCAUCCCAGUCCGGCCCCUGGGGCGGGGGCCGUGGGCCAGGCUGGGGCUGGGGACCGUGCGUGCGUGACUACCUGCACCGGCUCCGGCCACGCACCCUCUGGCAUGUCCUGGGCCGCGCUCCUCGGCCUGCUGGCCGGGCUGCUGCUGCUGCUGCUCCUGCUGAGCCGCCGGCGCGUACGGCGGCCAGGGGAGCCUCCUUUGGACCCAGGCAGCAUCCCCUGGCUGGGCCAUGCGUUGGAGUUUGGAAGAGAUGCUGCCAGCUUCCUCACAAGGAUGAAGGAGAAACAUGGUGAUGUGUUUACAGUGCUGGUGGGUGGCAGAUACGUCACCGUCCUCCUGGACCCACACUCCUACGACAUGGUGGUGUGGGAACCGAGGACGAGGCUGGACUUCCACACCUAUGCCAUCUUCCUCAUGGAAAGGAUUUUUGAUGUGCAGCUUCCGCAUUUUAACCCCAGUGAGGAGAAGGCCAAGAUGAAGCCGACACUCAUGCACAAAGACCUGCAGGCACUCACGGAAGCUAUGUACACCAACCUCCACACCAUCCUGCUGGGUGACCCCACGGACGUGGGCAGUGGCUGGCAUGAGACGGGCCUCCUUGAUUUCGCCUACAACUCCCUACUCAGAGCUGGCUACCUGACUCUGUAUGGAGUGGAGGCCUCGCCACGCACCCAUGAGAGCCAGGCCCAGGACCGUACCCACUCAGCUGACGUCUUCCACACCUUCCGCCAACUGGAUCUGCUUCUCCCCAAAUUGGCUCGAGGCUCCCUGUCAGUGGGGGAUAAAGACCAUGCGUGCAGCAUCAAAGGCCGUCUGUGGAAGCUGCUGUCCCCAGCCAGACUGGCCACCCGGGCUGACCAGAGCAGCUGGCUGGAGAGUUACCUGCAGCACCUGGAGGAGAUGGGGGUCUCUGAGGAGAUGCAGGCCCGGGCGCUGGUGCUGCAGCUCUGGGCCACGCAGGGGAAUAUGGGCCCCACAGCCUUCUGGCUCCUCCUCUUCCUCCUCAAGAAUCCUGAGGCUCUGGCUGCCGUCCGUGCAGAAUUCGAGCACAUCCUCUGGCGAUCAGAACAGCCUCUUUCACAGAUGACCACCCUCCCACAGAAGUUUCUAGACAGCAUGCCUGUGCUAGAUAGUGCGCUGAAUGAGAGCCUGCGGCUCACAGCUGCUCCCUUCAUCACCCGUGAGGUCAUGGUGGAUCUGGCUUUGCCCAUGGCAGAUGGAAGGGAAUUCUCUCUUCGGCGUGGUGACCGCCUUCUCCUCUUCCCUUUCCUGAGCCCUCAGAAGGAUCCAGAAAUCUACAUAGAGCCUGAGGUAUUUAAAUACGACCGAUUCUUGAACCCAGAUGGAUCUGAGAAGAAGGAUUUUUACAAGGACGGGAAAAGGCUAAAGAAUUACAACAUGCCGUGGGGGGCAGGGCACAACCAGUGCCUGGGGAGGAGCUAUGCGGUCAACAGCAUCAAACAAUUCGUGAUCCUCCUGCUGAUGCACUUUGAGCUGGAGCUGAGCAGCACAGACACGGAGUUCCCUGAGUUUGACCUGAGCAGGUAUGGCUUCGGCCUGAUGCAGCCAGAACACGACGUACCCAUCCGGUACCGCAUCCGGCAGUGACCUGUGGGAGUAGACACUGCAUUCGCUUCUGACCUCUUGACUUCCCUUGCCAGCAUCGCUGCCUUCUGCUCUCCUAGAAGCUGUGUCCAGAGGAAGGGAUACAGAUGACACUGAGGGCAGGAAAAGCCAAUAAAAGCUCUGCAUUUUU